AUGACGGGUUGUGGUUUUGAAAUUUCUAGUAACAUAUCUACGAAAAAAAACCUUAAGGUGGUCAAUGAGACGCAUUUCUCAAAAAAUGAAAUUCGUUCGAUAUAUCGAGCCUUCAAGGAAACUUCACCAAGUGCGGUUAUCAAUAAAGCUAUUCUACGAGAGAAAUUUGCUGAAUUAUUUCCUCAUGGUAAUAUUGAACACUACUCUGACUUGUUAUUUGACACUUUUGACAACGACAACAACGGGACCAUCAAUUUUCAGGAAUUCGUGAAAGCGUUAUCAGUCUUGUGUCGCGGAACCGUCGAUGAGAAAUUGGAAUGGCUUUAUAAACUCUACGAUCCAAAGGGUAAAGGUGAAAUAACAUGGCAAAGACUGUUCUACGUUAUCACCUCUAUGGAUGAUUUGAUGGGCGCCCCGCAUAACACAAAGGAUCGUUGGUUGAAUCUAUUCAAUUUCCAGAAAUUUGAUAUUGGCAAGCGGGGACGCAUUUCGAAGGAAGAUUUCUUUACCGUAUGUAAGACAGAUCGACAAAUUAUUGAAUCCAUGUCCUCUCUGUAUACCAUAUUACCAGGAUAA